AUGACUGCCGGCCCCCAUCCCUGCCCCUUCCUUCCUCGGCAUACCUCCGCUCUUGCUCAGGUGGGCUUCUCUGGCGUCGCCCCACAUACUCUUCCCGUCCGUGCUGUUGCUGUGGACUCGGCCUCCUCCCUUCACCCAUCGCCAUGCGUCGCUGGCGAUUGUACCCUAGCCACCUUGGACCCUCCCUCGCGGCGCACCUUCGCCUCGCCGCCUCAUAGCUGGGAAAUCUCCUUCGUCAACAUUGCUGCGCCUCUCGCCGCCCCGCGCAGUGGGAGAAGCUUCGUCGUCGGCGUUGACGCGCCUCCCGCCGCCCCGCGCGGUGGGGGAACCUUCGUCGUUGACAUUGCUACGCCUUCCGCCGCCCCGCGCAGUGGUGAAAACCUCGUCGUCGGUGCUGAUGCGCCUCCCGCCGCCCCGUGCGGUGGGGGAACCUUUGUCAUUGGCGUUGACACGCCUUCCGCCGCCCCGCGCAGUGGGGGAACCUUCGUCGUCGGCGUCGACAUGCCUUCCGCCGCCCCGCGCAGUGGGGGAACCUUCGUCGUCGGUGUUGUCAUGCCUUCUGCCGCCCCGCGCAGUGGGGGAACCUUCGUCGUCGGCGUUGACAUGCCUUCCACCGCCCCGCCCAGUAGGGGAACCUUCCCCGUCGGCGUUGACAUGCCUUCCGCCGCCCCGCGCAGUGGGGGAACCUUCGUCGUUGGCGUUGACAUGCCUUCCGCCGCCCCGCGCAGUGGGGGAACCUUCGUCGUUGGCGUUCACAUGCCUUCCGCCGCCCCGCGCAGUGGGGGAACCUUCAUCGUUGGCGUUGACAUGCCUUCCGCCGCCCCGUGCAAGCAGGGUUCCACGGGUUACUCGUUGUGGGACGCCUCCAAGGCUCCGAUCUGA